AUGCGGUGUCUUAAGGACCACAUGUUACCCCGAUCUUUAUCCCAUGUUACUUAUGGAAUUAAAUUAUGUCUUGUCUUAUUACUGUUCAGAAUGAACGGUUACGUUGGAUGUGAGAACCUAAUUCCCGGAAAAAAUUAUAGUGCUUUUAGUUUAUUUUUUACUAGUGGGUGGAGUAUUUUCCAUGUAAUAUGACUGAGAUUCACACUCAAGAUUCCUGGAAGACACGCAAUUGAUCAAACUAGGGCUUCAUUUUUUUCCCACCCCGCGAAAGUCGAUAUUGUUUCUACCUAUUUCUCAUACAUAAUGUACACGGAUUCCAUUCUCUUUGUUUUUUUCUGUUUUUACUUCUUGUGAUUGUUGCAAUAGCUGUUAGUGAACAGGAUAGGACGAAACACAUGCCACUAAUAUUAAGUUAUGUCACUUUCUCUCAUGCUGGCUUCAGGUCCGUAUUAAGUUAGAGAAUUAUGCUUGCAUGAAUUUUUCAGGUGAUUUUGUAAACAAUUCGUACUUGUGCAUCAGUAUUUUUUGAAUGCUUUCCAUGACGCUCCCGAGUGUGUCAAAUACUGUGACUUUCAGUCGAUCAGACCCUACCCUCUGAUUUGUGAAAUAUUGGCUUCCGAUAAGCAGUCAUCUUUUUGAGCCGCGUUGAAACGGCAUUUUUGGUGUAGGUUUGGCAUCUCUAGCUGUCUCCCUGAUAGAAGAUGCAGUGGAGUGUGAUGUCUUGGUCUAUUUAGUAUCUAAAUUUACAUGUGAUAUUUAGUAACUUUGGGACAAAAACAUCGUCUUAAAAUGCUUCCAGGCUUUUCGAAUUGGUUUUCUCGGAAAUUCAAGAUUUAUGUUUGUGCUACUUUGUUGAUGUGAGGGAAUGCUUUCUCUGUAUGAUAAACUAUAUGCAGUGUGGUAAUUUGGUAGUACUGAAUUGCUUCCAGGGAACUGUGGGAGUGGCAAAAAGAAGAAUACUGUCUGGAAAGAGAUACAAGUAGUACUCUGUCUAAUAUCUCUUCGUAUUUCCCAAGCUAUUAAUCUCUUCUGUAUUGUCACCCUUGUCAAAACUCUUUCCCUGAACAGACACCUCCCAUUGCCUAUGGGAUGACCUAGAACAAAAGGAGGAUGGUCUGCUAUACAUGCUCGGGGAACAGACACCUAUUAAAGACUGUGCAGAUUUAGGUCACCUGAUUUCGGACAAUGGAGGUACUGUAUACGGAAAUCACAUAUCUUGCAAUUGAAUUGGCUCAAAAGGUAUUACCGCAUUUUUAUUCAAACGAUGCUACUCAGAUGGUGAAAGCAAGGGUGUGGACGAACGUAGAGAGUGUUCUCAGCUGAAAAGGAGGCGCAUGCUGCAAUAUAGUUCCAGUGAUACUGAUGUUAGCAUUAGCGAUGAACUUCUGGCAUCCGAGUUUAUGAAAUCCAAUGUAGGUUAUGCAACAUGGUGCUUGUUUUUUUCUUAGCUUGAUAUUAAAAUACUGAUUUAUAUUAAUUCCUAACGCUCACUUUUCUGACCUUAUCUUUCUACAGAUCGGAGAAGACUCCUUGAUGAAAGAUGAGACGAAUGAUAAUCUUCAGUGGAUUUUGGGACUCUCAGGUUAGCCAUCUUGCAUAUUGUUUCGUGAUGCUGUUCUAUCUCCUAACCCUAACCAUCCAAGGACUGUAUUCCUUAUAUCUAACAACUUACAACAGAUAGCCAAGAAGGUCUGGAUCAGUCAUCAGAGUGCUGGUUAGCAAGUUGUUUUAAUGAAAGUGAGACGCAUGUCAGCUCUGACCAAAUGUAUGUUCCCCUGAGAGAUUUGAUUGACUUUUCUCCUCCAACCAUAAUAUUCCAGUGCUAAAUUCGUCAUCGUUUUGACCACAGGAAUGCUUCUAAUACCCCUAGUAAUCACGCUGAUGCCUCAGGUUAGUUACUCAUGCAAAUACUUAAUUUAGGAAAAAAAAAAAACUAUUUUUUCUCUCAAUCACCUCAUUUUAUUUUGUUUCAAUUUAAUAUACCUAAGAACCAUUUGUGAAGAGUAUAAUAUCUUUUUAUUAUAUGUAUCGCAUGAUAACCUCACGCUGAUAACCAUUUCUAACACCCCUAGUUUUCGCUCAUGCAAAUACUUAAUUUAGGAAGAAAAAUUAAACCAUUUUUUCCCAAUCACCUCAUUUAUUUUGUAUCACCUUGUUAAUGUUUUGGCUUGACUGCAUAGAGCGAUGCAAUGUACCGCGCCAGAUGAAAACUCUUAAGCUGCCAGUGACGAUUUCCAUCACCCCUUGCAAUAAACUCAGAGGUACCCAAGCUGACCAGGAAUGCUUCUCCCCACCGCACGUGUCCCUCUUCUCUGAUGGCCGCAUGCUUUUCAUCUCAACCAGGAAGCAGGACCUACCUAUCGACUCCACCGAAGCUGGCGUCCUCUGUUGCAUACCCCUUUGCGCUCAUAAAACCCUGUGGAGUCCAGGGGGACACCACGCUCAAGGAUAUAAACCAGAGGAUCCACGCCCCAUUUCUGCUGAAGCAGGAGCAAUCAACGGGGGAGGACCCUUCGCAGUGCUACCCAACUUCUGCCUUUUCUGGAAAGCCCGUCGUUGUGAAGACUAAGAUCCGCACAGAGGGAGGAAAAGGCAGUAUCACGAUCAUGAGAACCAAAGGUUGA